AUGUGGAUGGGCAAAAUUGGUCAGAAAUCUGCUGCCUUCAUAAACCACAAACCUUUCCACCCGGGAAACUGGCAAAAUCAGGAAAAGAUCUGGUUGGCUGAACAGAAGCAUAAGGAGGAACUUCGAAAACAGGCGGAGCUGGCCGAGCGGCGCGCAGAGGAAGUAAAGAUUCAGGAGCUACGGCGUGCACUUUACAGCCAAGGAACUGCAGCCGCAAACAAAACUCAGGCUUCGCCUAAGGUUGAGGGGGAUGACGCAGCUCGGAAGGCUGCCCUUAUCGAGGCGCGAAAGCGUGAAGCGGCACGAGCUGCAGCCAUUCGUGCCGCAGAGCUCAGAAAGGGAUCGGUGAAGAGCGUGUUGUACGACGAAGACGUUUAUUUGGGGAGUCAUACCCAGGUUUGGGGCUCCUUUUUCGACAAGGAGACACAGAAAUGGGGGUUCAGAUGCUGCCGCGUGUGCGACAAGCAAGUCUUGAGCUGCCCAGUCGCAGCGGCGGGAUCACCGGAGAAGACGCGGGGGCGAAAACACCGGAAAAGGGUACGUAAAGACGGACCUGAGAACCAAGAAGACCCACGAGAAGAGCCGGUCGGGCGAGACAGCUGCAACGUGAGUGCCAGUCAAGACGAAAAAAACCACAGAGACUCAGAAAGCAGAGCGGAUCACUCAUCUGGAAAGUCAACGGGUGAAUCCGCAUUUUACGGUCAGCAGCGUGAUAAGUCCAAUCAGGAGCCAGGAGAAGCUUGUGCAAAACAGGAAGACGAUCAAAAGCACAAGAAGAAGAAGCUGCUAGAUGGUAAGCCAAGAGAAGGUGGCCUCGCGGGGAUCUUGCAGCUAUUGAAGGAAGAGAACGCUUUUGAACAUGAUUAA